AUGACAGCUGGCUCGGUCUCAGUUCCUCAGGUCAUACCACUUCGAAUCCCUCUUCCAGGGAAGGCUAAACAUGAAAUAGACACAAAUACUCUCGUAGAAAUAAAAUCAGAUGGAAGUAAACCAGAACUCGUUAGGAAACCUGGCUAUGGAGAGCAUAACACUUUUAAGUAUAAGGGUCCUAUUAUAUUACCAGUUGGGAAAAUAACUGUCAAGGCACUGGCAGUUACAAAGGACUGCAGGGAGAGUACAGUUGUAACAAAGGUGUUUCUGGUAGAGUACAAGCAACCAAACAUCCUCGUCUCUGUUGGAGAUGAUGACAACAAUUCCCUAAAAGGUUUUGCCACACAGGAGAGGGAAGGUGGAAUGUUUACUGCAAAAGCAAAGAAGAAUGGAGUGAACGUGGAAAUCAAGCCUGCCUGGAGUGAAGCGCCACAAGAUUUCCGAGACUUGGAAACAGAAAGAAAGACUGCUCAAAGGUCCCUGCAAGGACCACAGCUCCUUGACAGUCAUUUGGAAACAACAGAGUACGGAGAGGAAUCCAUCUCAGCACUACCAAUAGAGUCGUCUCAGUUUGCUAGUUCUUCUGCAGUGACUAGCCGGAAAAGCUUAGCAAGCACGCAGGUGGCAAGGAUCCAGCGGGAAACAGAUUUCCUCAAAUGUGCAUACUGUUCUGCUCCUCGCCUAUCUGACCCCUUGGCUCACUUCUGUCAGGAAUGUGGAUCUCCUAUCCCACCUGUGCCAGUACAUCGCUUCCCACCCCCUGAAGGAGCACAGAUGGCACCAUGUCUUGAAUGCAAACAUCUUGUGCCAAUGAAUACACCCACUUGCAUUGUAUGUGAGUCGCCAAUAGCUCCACAGCUGCAGCCCCAAGCCAAUAACUGCGUAAAGGGCAAAGUAAUUUGUCAGGCAUGUGGCACAGGAAAUCCUCUUCACCAUAAACACUGUGUGACUUGUGAAAGCAGACUGCCUGAAAUGCAGACGCCCAUGUUUGGAGAAGACACCCCCCAGCCUUAUGCCAGCCAGCAAAGGAAGACAGUUUUGUGCUCAAAAUGCAAUCAUGUUAACCAAUGUGAUGCCCGUUUCUGUGACUGGUGUGGAGCCAAGCCUGGACCUCCUCCAUCCUACUUUACUUGUUUCAAGUGUGGUACAAGCAACCGUCCAUACGCUCGCUUCUGUGGGUCCUGCGGUGUUUACAUAGAGCACCCGUCAGCAGUAGGUUCUCCGCACGGCAGUCUCAUGGAUGCUGGGGACUCACUGGGGCUUUCUGAGGCUAAACGAUUUCAAGCUCAAGUUGCCUGGCAGCCUUUUGCUAUUUCCUUAGACAAACCAGGGGCAGAACUAAAUGAAAGAGAAGAUAAAGGAACCCAAACUAUUGGACUUUUUUACCCAUCUAGCAAACUGUUGGAAAAGAAGGAGCUUGAGCUGAUUUCACAAAAAGAAAAGCUGGAAAAGAUGAGUGAUCAUAAACCUCUCCUGACAGCCAUUAGUCCUGGAAAAGGUUACUGGAGAAAACAGCUGGAUCAUGUUUGUGCUCACCUUAGAAGCUAUGCUCAGAACAACCUUGAAUUCAGAGCACUGAUUGGAGAACCUCGAAUGGGAAAGAUUAAUGCUGCUACCAUCCGUGAGGAUGACUAUGAAGUCACUAUUACAUUGAAUUAUGCUCUUGCUAUUAACAAGGAUAUUCAUACUAAUAAAGCAGUGAAGUUCAGCAGUCGUUACCUGAAUACUGUAACAGAAGUCAGAGGUGGACAGGAUGGCAAUCAGACUAGUUUUGGCAAAGAUGAUCAUAAUCUUUUCCAUUCAAGAGGCAAACUAAAGAGAACAAAGUCAAGAACACUUACAGAACCAGCAGAUACGCUCCCCCCAGAGUCCAGACAACUACUGGAUGAACUGGGUCCAAAUGGAAAAGGAAGAAUCACCUUGGUGGAACAAUUGCUCAAUGAAGGAGCUGACCCAAACUGCCGCAGCGACGAGGACCGACCUGCUCUCACAGUUGCUGUCCUUAACAAGCGCGCAGACGCCAUCUCCCUUCUCGUGCAGAAAGGCGCUGACGUUGACCAGCAGUCAGGACUGCACAACAACGCGGCCCUCCACGAGGCGGUUCUGCUCGGACCAGAGGGCGAGGAGUGCACCCGCGCCCUGCUAGGCUGCAAUGCAAGCAUAAAAAAGAAGAAUGCAAAAGGGCAAUCAGCAUAUGAUUUGGCUGUUACAGCUGGAAAUAAUGAAGUUAUUUCAUUGUUCGCAAGUAAGCUUAGACGGGGAACGUCGGACUAA